AUGCGCGCGUCAAUGCGCGCGUUGACGUCGUGCGCGGCGUCGUCGAGCGGACGCGGGGGGGGUCGCGGGGCGUCAAAGGGUGGGCGACGCCCGAGCGGCGGACGCGGCGGCGGCGGACGCGGCGGCGGUGUCGACGGACGACGCUCGGGGAAGAAGGAAUCGGACGCUCGGGCGAUCGGGGAGAAGGAGAAGCACUUGUACUUCGACGAAGCCGCGAUCGUGGUCGUCGGCGGCGCCGGUGGAGACGGUGAGGGGUGGACGGGACAGGCGAAGCCAAAGGUUGUGAAGAACUUCAAGUAUCAGUGGGGACGAAACCUGAAGAAAUAUAUUGAGCUCCCGGCGGCAGAACCGGCGGAUGGUGGACGUGGGGGGAACGUGUACUUGAGGGUCGAUCGCACGUGCGACUCGUUGUUACACUUGCACGAGCGCAAGACGUGGCGGGCGAAGAAGGGGUAUCACGGGAGCGCGGCGGAUUACGCUGCUGGCGGACGGGAGCGCCAUCGCGUGGCGCCUGAUCAGGAGCACAUGUACAUUCCGGUACCCCCGGGGACGGUGGUGCGAAGAAAACGCACGGGUGAACUUUUAGGAGACAUGACCAAGCACGGUCAGACGCUCCUCGUCGCCGAGGGUGGGGGUGGUGGUUUCGCCGCGCGCCGGCAGCAAAAGCAGGUGAACCGUCGCCGAAACGCCAAGGCAGAGGACUUCGAGGCGUCUGACAUCGCCAUCGACACCGCUUCUCUCGUAAGCUCGGCGGGAGAAGCUGGGGAAGAGCUUUCAAUCGAGUUGCUCAUGCGCGUCGUCGCCGAUUGCGGCCUCGUUGGUUUACCCAAUGUUGGGAAGUCCUCGCUGCUGAAAGCCGUCACCAGGGCGUCGCCGGAAAUCGCAAACUACGCCUUCACGACUCUCAUGCCGAAUCUCGGCGUCAUAAAGACCGAAGACGACCUCGCACCGACGGGUGAGUCUUCGACGGUCAUGGCAGAUCUUCCGGGCUUGAUUCAGGGCGCUCACAAGGGCUUGGGAUUGGGUCGAGCCUUCUUGCGACACUUGCGAAGGACGCGAGCGAUGGUUUGCGUUGUGGACGCCUCGGGACAGGACCCUCUGAACGAUUACGUCGUGGUGCGUCAAGAGCUGAAACUGUACAACCCCGAGUACGUGCAACGACCGCACAUUCUCGUACUCAAUAAGAUGGACAUCGAGUGGGCCGCUCUGCGUACUGAUGAACUCAUGCAAGGCGUCGAGGCUCUCAAUGAGGAUAUGAUUGGCGUCCCUCCCGUGGCGGUUCUCCCCAUUAGCGCGAAAGAAGGCACAGGCGUGCCGGAAUUCAUGGAGGCUCUAGAACAGCUCAUGAAAGAAGAGGACGCUCGUCGGUAG